AUGUCAUCCACUCAGUCUCCCUCCAUGUCAGCCGUCCGGGAUGCGACGACCUUUGUUUUCGGCGGACACAUCGGACCACAGAGUAAGAAUUCACUGGAGAAACGAGUACGGCAGAUAGUCCAAGGACCAAAUGGGGACUGGAUCCUUAAGACGAUUGCCGGCUUGCCACGGUACUGGGACGCCAUGACACAGAAGAUGCCCGAAGUCGGUCGGUCAAUGGAAGGUCCUCGUCUCCUGGCCGAACUGGUGUCGUGGUUUCGAAAUGGUCCGGAAUCGGUCACGACACUAGCUCCAGAUGCGGAGAUCCCAGACCUGUGGAUCGGAGUUCUCAUGGUUGCUAUCCAGCUGGAUCAGUACUGUCGUUACCUCGAGUGUCGAUUCAUUGGGACUGGAGUCGACGAUCUACAAGCAGAGCUGGUGAAACAGCAACAGCAGCGACAGGCUGGCGGAAGUAACAAGGUCGAAAUGGUGGGAUUCUGCGCGGGUAUGAUUGCCGCCGUCGCCGUCGCCAGCUCCCACAAUGAUGAAGAAUUUCGAAAGUACGGUGCCACGGCGAUACGCGUCGCAGCGUUGAUGGCCGCCCUGGUCGGUGCCACCGAGGAAUGGACUAAAAAGGCCGGUAAAGGCGGAUCUGUCUCCUUGGCCGUCGCGUGGAGGACGGCCAAGCAAGGCGAUGAUAUGACCCGCAUCGUCUCGAAACUGUCUCCGGACGCCUACGUCUCUGUUCUUUUCGACGCGUCUCGUGCCACCGUCACCGCGUCGGAGCGAAUCGCGCCAAAAGUCGUCCGGCAGCUUCGGGCAGCGGGUGUCACCGCCCUGCCUCUCGCGUUCAAGGGUCAGCUCCACGCUCCUACAGAAGAGCGGGCACGCUUCACCAAAGCGCUCAUCGACGUUUGCCACUCAAUUCCUGAGCUGCAAUUCCCGAACGCUGCCGAGCUGGCUUUGCCGACUUACCUGGACCAUCCCGAGGGGAACCAAGUCUCCGGCGAUGAAGACGACUUGGUCGCCAUGGUCUUGCGCUCCAUAUUGGCGAAUCAGUUGAAUUGGACUAGCACCGUCUCGAAGCUCGCAUCGAACAAGAAAGACAUCUCUAUCGUUGCCUUUGGACUCGAUCGUCCUUUGCCACCCACCAUUCUGCGCACUUUCGGUUCAAACCAAGUCCAAUUCGAAGACAUCGAGGAGCCUCGACAACCUCAAGACCAAGACAGAGUAAAGAAAUCGGAAACUGUCGAACCAAUCGACGUCGCCCGUCCGAGCGCUGCCAUAGCCCCGCGGGAAGAAGAUCUUGAAGACAUCAUUGCCGUUGUCGGCAUGUCUGUCAAGGUCGCGGGUGGGCAAGAUCUCGAAGAAUUCGAGCAGAUGCUCAAGACCGGAGAGUCGCAGCACCAAGUCAUCACGCGCGAGCGUAUGACUCCGGACUCGUUAUUCCGCGACAAGGCCGACCCGGAGAGAACAUGGUACGGCAAUUUCAUGCGCGAUGCCGAUGCUUUCGAUCACAAAUUCUUCAAGAAGAGCCCGCGUGAGUCCAUGGCCAUCGACCCGCAGGGCCGCCUUUCGCUCGAGGCCACCUACCAGACUCUCGAACAGGCUGGCUACUUCCGUGAGAUGGCUACGACUAGCCCAUCUGAACAUGAAAGACGGAAACAUGUCGGGGUCUAUGUCGGCCUCUGCUCCUACGAGUACGACGUCAACAUCCAUUGUCACCCGACCAGCGCCUUCACAGGCACCGGAGAGCUGAGGAGUUUCAUUCCCGGCCGCGUAUCGCACUACUUCGGAUGGACCGGUCCUUCGCUGACCUUUGAUACGGCGUGUUCGUCAUCGACCACCGCUCUCCAUUGGGCUUGCCGCGACCUGCUGUCCGGCGAAGUCCCUGCGGCCUUGUGCGGUGGAGUCAAUGUCCUGACCAACCUACAAUGGACACAGAACCUGGCUGCGGGCAACUUCAUCAGUCCUACUGGACAAUGCAAACCAUUCGACUCUGCUGCUGACGGUUACUGCCGCGGUGAUGGCAUCGCCUACGUCUUUCUGAAGAAGCUCUCCACCGCUGUAGCAGAUGGCAACAACAUCUUGGGCACCAUCCGCGCCACGGGUAUCAACCAGAACCUCAACACGACUCCUCUGUUUGUCCCCAACGUGCCCUCUCUGUCGACACUCUUCAACCAGGUGAUCAGCAAGGCGCGCGUCAACCCGUCUGACAUCGGGCUUGUGGAAUGCCAUGGCACUGGAACACCCGUGGGCGACCCUGCCGAGUGGGAAAGCAUCCGCAAGGCUGUGGCGGGUCCUCGGCGCGAUACCGUCUUGCCCAUUGGCUCGGCCAAGGGGCACGUCGGGCACACUGAAGGCGCCUCUGGGCUUGUCUCCCUGAUCAAGGUGCUUUUGAUGAUGAGAGGCAAUUUUAUCCCUCCCCAGGCUAGUUUCAAGAGCAUGAACCCCAAUAUCCACGCCCAGCCGGCCGACCACAUGGAGGUGGUGACGGCGUUGCGAUCGUGGCCAGGGGACCGCAAGCUGGCUCUGCUUAACAACUACGGUGCAUGCGGAUCCAACUCGAGUGUGGUGAUCGCUCACUCGGCACCCAAGAAGUCUGCAUCCUUCUUAGCCAAGGCUUCCGCUCGAUUGCCGUUCUGGAUCUCAGGCCUCGACGCCCGCAGUAUCGCCGCAUACACCACCGCACUAGCCCCGUAUCUUCGCAAGUACGCCGGGCUCGAGGAAGGCCAAGCUGGGCUUGCAGACGUGUCGUUUAGUAUGAACUGGCAAUCGAAUCCCGGCUUGCCCCAAGCCCUGAUCUUCAGCUGUAGUUCCUUGAACGAGCUACAAGACAAGCUUGCCAAAGCAGCCGCAGCUACCAAGGACACAGCUUCAAGCAUUGGCAUCGCUCCGGUGAAGGCUGAGCGACCAGUGGUUCUGUGCUUCGGAGGCCAGGUCUCAACAUUCAUUGGUCUCGAUCGCGCUGUUUACGAAAGUGCCACCGUAUUCCGACAUCACCUUGACCAGUGCAAUGCCGCCAUCACUGCUCAAGCCUUAGACAGCAUCUAUCCCGACAUAUUCUCUGCCGAGCCUUAUGAGAAUGUCGUCAAGCUCCAGACCGCUCUCUUUGCCAUGCAGUAUUCGGCGGCCAAGGCCUGGAUCGACUGUGGGCUCACCGACAAGGUAGUCUCUCUCGUGGGCCACAGCUUUGGCGAGAUUACUGCACUCUGCGUAGCGGGCGUGCUGAGCCUCGAAGAUACCGUGAAGCUCAUUGCUGGUCGCGCCAGGUUGGUGCAGACUGCUUGGGGACCUGACUCUGGUGCCAUGAUGGCAAUUGAGGCCGACGAAGCUCUUGUGCAUGAUCUCUUGAAGGAGUCGAACCUCGCGUCUGACGGAACGGCCGGCAUCGCAUGCUAUAACGGUCCUCGCAGCUUCACCGUUGCCGGGUCUACCAAAGCCAUCGAUGCCUUUGCCACCAUGCUCGCUGGAAAACAGGGCAUCAAGAGCAAGCGGCUUAACGUCACCAAUGCCUUCCACUCCGCACUGGCAGAGAACCUUGUCAGUCGUCUGAAUGAGGUUGGUAAGAGCCUAACCUUCAAAGACGCCGUUAUUCACAUCGAGCGCGCAACCGAGCAGGGAGACCCGGCGGCGCCGUUGGAUUGGCGAUUUGCCGGCUCUCACAUGCGCCAGCCUGUUUUCUUCAAUCACGCAGUGCAAAGGCUCGCACAGAAGUAUCCCGAGGCUAUCUUCCUUGAAGCCGGUUCCAACUCGACCAUCACCGUCAUGGCCUCGCGGGCACUGGCUACGACAGUCCCCUCUGACGCGAUUCACUUCCAGUCCGUGUCCAUUACUAACACAAAGAAUGGUCUCGACAAGCUCACAGAUGCGACUGUCGAUCUCUGGAAGCAGGGUCUGCCCGUGUCUUUCUGGGCCCACCACCGCUCGCAAAAGGAUGAGUAUUCACAGCUUCUUCUGCCACCGUACCAGUUCGAGAAGACGCGCCACUGGCUCGAGCUCAAGUCGCCAAUUGAGCAGGCUCUCAAGGUUGCACAAGAGAAGAUGGGAAGCAAUGGACUGUUGUUGGCAGCGCCAGGACAGCAAGGGCAAAUCGAUCCCAAAACCCUCGACAUGUGGACUUUCGUCGGCUUCCAGGACCACAACAAAAAGAGCAAGCUGGCUCGUUUCCGCAUCAACACGGAAUCAGACAAGUACCAACGCCUGUUCUCAACGCAUGUGAUCGCGAAGACGGCGCCAAUUGCUCCCGCAACGCUGGAGAUUGACAUUGCCAUCGAGACUCUUUUCAGCCUGAAUCCUGAGUGGAGACCAAGUGGCUUCUCGCCGGUCGUCCGCGACAUGCUCAGUCACUCACCAAUCUGCGCCGAUCCGACGCGUGAGUACUACAUCGACCUCGAGGCGCUCAACAAGGCUGAGACCGAGUGGAACUGGACCAUCCACAGCGUCGGCGCGUCUCCCGCCGACGAUAAGCACGCCGAGGGUCGCAUCAGCAUGUGCUCUCCUUCUGAUCCGGCUGCCAACCAAGAGUUUGCACGAUGGGAGCGCGUCGUCAGCCAUGCGCAAUGCCAGGCGAUCCUGGCGUUGGGCGCGCACGAGGAGGGCGUGGAAGUGCUCGGCGGCCGCAAUGUGUACCGAGCCUUCGAAGAAGUCGUUGUCUUUGGCUCUGUCUAUCAGGGUGUCAAGUACAUCGUGGGCCGCGACAACGGCGAGAGCGCCGGUGUCGUGCACAAACGUCACACCGGUGACACCUGGCUGGACGUUCCCAAGGCAGACUCGUACGGCCAAGUUGCGGGUAUGUACGUCAAUCUUUUGACCGAUAUUCCCGCCAGCGACAUGUUUGUUGCCACCGGUCUCGAACUGGUCAUGCGCUCACCAAAGGCUCAGCUCAUGAUGGAUGGCCGUGACAAUGGUCCCGAUGUCUGGCAUGUUCUCGCUCGCCACACACGCCAGAACGAGAAGUCGUACGUGACGGAUGUCUUCAUCUUUGAUGCUUCGACCGGUGCGCUGGCCGAGGUCAUCCUCGGCCUGAGAUACGUCCGGAUUCCCAAGGCGACGAUGAGCAAGAUCCUGGCCAGAGUGACGACAGACAAGUCAUUCGUGAGGGACACCGCAGCGUCUUUGCCGACUCCGGCCCGACCUGUUGCCGCCUUCACUGCGCCUACCAGUGCCACACCGGCGGUGAUCCCUUCUCGCCCCAAGGCGAAGACGACCAACAGCCAAAAGUCGAAGGCUGAUAGCGGAGCACGCGACAUUGUUAAAGAGGUGCGCGAUGUAGUCUCCAACGUUUCCGGCAUGGAGGCUAGCGAGAUCAGCCUUGACAGCCAGAUGGCUGAUCUGGGCAUCGAUUCGUUGAUGGCCAUGGAGCUGGCGCGCGAGAUUGAAAACAGCCUCCGGUGCAAGCUCGACAGUAACGAGACGAUGGCCGCAACCAGCCUUCGCGAGUUCGUCGCUUGCGUGGCGAAUGCUCUGGCCAGGGGUGGAGGUGGACGAAACGUGGAGGAAGAUGACGACGACGACGACGAGAGCGAUGAUGAUACAACCGGUAGAGGGGAAGAUGUUGGCUCGCUAGACACGGGCGACGAGGAUUCAGGCUCGAAUAUCACCACUCCGGAUGAUGCCUCGGACUUCAGCAACGAAGGUCAGGAUUCCAAGAUCGAGGCGCCCGUCCCAGCUGCUAAAGUCUUGAACAGGGGUAACGUCGAAGCCCGAGAGGCUGCAGCACUGCGCCUAGUCGAAACCUACACAAGCGGUUGGGAGACGGCAGCGUUAGAGGCUGCGGAAAAGGGCGCGAUCGCCAGCCGCCGCAGUGAAGGAGCAGUGGUUGUCGUGACUGGCGCGUCCGGCAGUCUUGGAUCUCACAUUGUUCAAACCCUCGCAGAGCGAUCCGAUGUCGCCACCGUCGUCUGCAUGAACCGCGCCAUCAGCGACGUCUCCGCUGACAAGCGUCAGGAGGAACUGCUCUCUUCGCGAGGCAUCGAGUUGUCCCCUGACGCAUGGAAGAAGCUGCGGGUCUAUGGCACCGACACAUCCAAGCCACAUCUUGGUCUGUCGGACGAGGAUUAUGACUGGCUGACGCAAAAUGGCACACAUAUUGUCCACAAUGCCUGGCCUAUGAGCGCAACUCGGCCGCUCCCAGCCUUUGAGCCUCAGAUGCGAGUGAUGCGGAACCUACUGGACCUUGCCCGCGACAUGGCAGUCGGCACCUCAACCCGCAGAAUCGGAUUCCAGUUCAUCUCCUCCAUCGGCGUGACGGGCUUCUCGGACGAGUCCAACAUUCUCGAACAACCCAUGUCCAUGGCCGCCGUCAUGCCCAGCGGCUACAACGAAGGCAAAUGGACGUGCGAGCGCAUGCUCGCCGACACACUCCGCCAGCACCACCGCCUCUUCCGCGCCAUGGUCGCGCGACCCGGCCAGAUUUCCGGCUCCACGACCAGCGGCUUCUGGAACCCCGUCGAGCAUUUCGCCUUCGUCAUCAAGAGCUGUCACAGUCUCAAGUCGAUUCCUGAUCUCGGCGGUGUCGCACACUGGUUGCCCGUCGACAAAUCCGCGCGCGUCAUGGUCGAUUUGUUGAACAUCGAUUGUCGCGAAGGCGCGACGGAGUCGUAUCCUGUCUAUCACGUCGACAACCCCGUAGGUCAGCCCUGGAAGCAGCUUGUUUCCGUCCUGGCGGAGGCGCUGGAGGUUCCGGCGCACGGCAUUGUGUCUUUUGAGGAAUGGAUCCGCCGCGUGAGGAGCUCGGCAUUGGGACCAAAGGAGAAUCCGGCGGCGAUGGCGUUGCCGUUCCUGGAGGAUCAUUUUGAGCGCAUGGCUUGCGGUGGCAUUGUGCUGGAUACUGCGCGGUCGAGUGAGCAUUCGGAGACGAUGGCGGCGGAGGGACCGGUCAGUGCAGAGGUUGUCAAGGCAUAUGUGAGGUCUUGGAAGGAGAUGGGAUUUCUUUACUAG